CCUCUCUCUCCCAAAACACACACACACACACUUAUUGUCAGUCACUCAACCCAACUUCAUUCAGUCAUAUGAUCCUUUCCUCAUAAAGCUGAAAAACCACAAAAAUGCAGAGACCUAACUGAAAGAACUCCCUAUCCUUUUUCCCCCAUCUCCUUCCCAUUUCCAUUCCCUUGCUGCUACUAGCAAUGAACCCCCUCAUAAAAACCAUCAUCUUUCCUUAAAAACACCCCAAAUUGCACGCAGUAGCACACCCACAAAAACACACACUAUCCCACGCCACCAGCCCGGAGCAAAAAAAUUAAAUAAAAAUGCAGUCUUUAUCCCAAAAACCACCAAUGCAGCUCCUUUUCUUCCUUCUCUUCGACCUCUUGGUCGUCUUCACAACUUCCUCAGAUCUGGCCUCCGACCGCGCCGCCCUUUUAUCCCUCCGUUCCGCCGUUGGCGGGCGUACUCUCUUCUGGAAUGCUUCAAACCCCACCCCAUGCAACUGGGCUGGUGUGCAAUGCGAAAACAACCACGUUAUAGCCCUCCGCCUCCCGGGUUCCUCCCUUUCCGGCACUAUCCCGGAAAACACCCUUUCAAACCUCACUCAACUCCGCACUCUCAGCCUUCGCCUCAACCAUCUGUCAGGGCCACUCCCAACCGAUCUUUCCCAACUCACUCAACUCAGAAAUCUUUAUCUUCAGGGGAACCAAUUUUCGGGCCCCAUUCCCUCUCAACUUCUCAGCAUUCACUCAUUAGUACGCUUGAAUCUUGGAGAGAACAUAUUCUCAGGUGAAAUACCAUCUGGGUUCAACAAUUUGACCCGUUUAAGAACCCUCUACCUACAAAGCAACAAUCUUUCUGGGUCAAUACCCGAGUUAGCUCUGCCAAAUCUUGUCCAAUUUAACGUUUCUUACAAUAGCUUAAAUGGGUCGGUUCCGAAAAGUCUUGAGGGAAAGCCUGUCAGUGCAUUUUCAGGGAACGCAUUAUUAUGCGGUAAGCCUCUUGCUAAUUGUCCUAAAAAUGAAACUCCACCUGCUUUUGCGGUGGAUAAUAAUGGAGCUGGAAUUUUUGUUUCCAAUGGAAGAAAGCAUAAGUUGUCUGGGGGAGCAAUUGCGGGCAUUGUUAUUGGAUCUGUUUUGGGAUUCUUGCUGUUAUUGCUUGUGAUUUUUGUGUUGUGUAGGAAAAGAAGUGGGCAAAAAGCCAGGUCUGUUGAUUUAGCCACCUUUAAGCAGGCUAAAGAUACUGAUGUUCCUGGGGAGAAACCAAUUGUUGAAGGCGGGGAGAGUCAUGGUAGUUUCAAUAAUGCAUAUUCGGUGGCUGCAGCCGCGGCUGCUGCAAUGACGGUGAGUGGGAAAGGGGAGAAUGGUAAUGGUGGUAGUGUCGGAGGAAAUGGGUCGAAGAAAUUAGUGUUUUUUGGUAAUUCUUCCAGGGUGUUUGAUUUAGAGGACUUGUUGAGAGCAUCUGCUGAGGUUUUAGGAAAAGGGACUUUUGGAACUGCUUAUAAGGCUGUUUUGGAGUUUGGAACCGUGGUGGCUGUGAAGAGAUUGCGGGAUGUGACUAUUUCUGAGAAUGAAUUCAGGGAGAAAAUUGAGGCUGUUGGCGCCAUGGAACAAGAAAAUCUGGUGCCUCUCAGGGCUUACUAUUAUAGCCGAGAGGAAAAGCUUCUUGUAUAUGAUUAUAUGCCAACGGGAAGCUUGUCUGCACUUCUACAUGGAAACAAAGGAGCUGGUAGGACUCCAUUGAAUUGGGAAGCCAGGUCUGGUAUUGCUCUUGGAGCUGCGCGUGGCAUAGAAUACCUGCAUUCUCAAGGUCCUGAUGUCUCCCAUGGAAACAUCAAGUCGUCCAAUAUCCUGCUCACCAAAUCUUACGAGGCACGAGUCUCAGAUUUUGGCCUAGCUCACCUUGUUGGACCCCCAUCCUCUCCCACCCGAGUUGCCGGCUACCGCGCACCAGAGGUGACUGAUCCUCGAAAAGUUUCACAAAAAGCAGAUGUCUACAGUUUUGGUGUAUUGCUUUUGGAGCUUCUUACAGGGAAGGCACCUACUCAUGCCCUCCUAAAUGAAGAAGGGGUCGACCUACCAAGAUGGGUUCAGUCAAUAGUACGAGAGGAGUGGACAUCUGAAGUGUUUGAUCUUGAGCUCCUCAGGUAUCAGAAUCUUGAGGAAGAAAUGGUGCAGCUCUUGCAGCUUGCAAUAGAUUGUGCAGCCCAAUAUCCUGACAACCGACCUUCAAUGUCUGAGGUCGCAAAUCGGAUUCAGGAGCUCCGUCGAUCAAGCGUGCGAGAUUAUCUGGAACAGUCUGAUCAAGUCCAUGAAGCCGACUAAAAGGUCGACUGGCCAUUCAGGUGUGCUGCCACCAUUGUACUAAAGAGGAACCCAAAAUGAUUCAACCUACUGCCCAUUUUAGAGUCUUGUCUGUUAUUGUUGUUUGUUAAUUGAGGCCUCGUUUUAUUUUAUUGAAAUUUAACAGUACACGUUGCUUUUCUUAAAAAAAAAAAAAAUUUUAAUUCCCCUUGUAGCAGCCUUGUCUUUUUUCCUCUCUGGGGCCUAUCUGUUCCAUUGUUCUCGUUGUAUGGGUAAUGGUUGCUGUAAUUAUGACUUCACCUUUUCACUUUACCUUUUUCUUUUUCAAACAUCUUUGUUUCCUGAACUUGAGAUUGAAACCCUUUUUACCGUCUUUUGGCGGUGUGUGGUUUGGUUCUUUUA